AUGAUAGCGUUCAAAUUUCAAGAAAUAAUGCUUAAUUUAAAGAGGAGAUUUGGUGGCCACAUUAGCCUAAAUAGUGAGUUUGUUAAUGAUGUAGAAAGUGGAUUAUAUUCAAGAAACUUUAAUAUAAUAUCAAAAAAUAAUGAUGACGGUAGAGCAGGGCUAGACGAUAAAUCGAAACAAGAAAUUAAGAACAUCAUGGAAAAUGAGCAGGUCAGUUUUGAUAAGGCAAGGUUACUUUUCACCGAGAGAAAAUUCAAAGAUAAUGCAAUUGGGCCAGAUGGAAUGCCACUCGACCCCAAAGCCGUUACUUUUUCAAGGUGA